AUGGCGGAACCCAUCCUUGCUUCCUUGAUCCAUGGCAUAGCAUCCCUGCUUACGCAUAGAGUAGCCGACCAAGCCCGUCGCCUCCUGACCACAGGCCAGGAUGUCUGCUGGCUACGUGACGAGCUCCACAGCAUGCAGCUUUUCCUGCACGAGGUGGAGACGUGCAGCGGCGAUGGCAGCGCGACCACAGAAGCAUGGGUCCACCAGAUGAGGGACAUCAUGCUAGAUUCGGAGGACGUCUUCGAUGCCUUCGAUGCUAAUCAGGUGCGUGCUUGCAGCAUCCUCGGUAACUUGAGAGCAUGGAGCAAAGUGGAGGCUCAGAUCAGGCGCAUCAAGAAGCAGCUGAGCGACAUUUCUCGGCGUCGGUCUGAGUACCCAAACCUAACCAACAAACCAGCAGACUCCAGUGAUAACAUCAUUGGUCUCUUAGCCUCGUCUCCCCUAGUUCAUGACAAAGAUACUGUAGGCCUGGAUAGAGACCUGGACGCGUUGCUUCAGCAUAUUUUGGGUGAGGAAUCAGAGAUGAGCGUCAUGUCCUUGGUUGGCAUGGGUGGUGUUGGGAAGACCACGCUUGCCAAGAAGGUGUACAACCACCCAGAUGUGAAGAGGCACUUCGAUCGCAGUUCAUGGGUCUAUGUUUCAAAUAAGAUGGAGCUGCGAGGUGUCCUUCGUGAGAUGGCCAGGGGGCUGGUGAGGAUCCCCUCUGCCGAGGCAAACUCUCUCAGUGAGGGGCAACUCCAAGAACUGCUCUUGAGUGGCCUCAGAGGUAUGCGGUUUUUGCUUGUGCUUGAUGAUGUCUGGGAGAAAGGGCUCUGGGAUGUGAUCAAGCUGGUAUUGCCUAAGAAUGGCAGGAGCCGGGUCCUUGUGACAACGCGUAACGUUGUCGUGGCUGAGUCAGUUAUUGAUGCGAGAAGUGAUGUCCAUCGACUUCAGCCAAUGACAUUUGAAGAUUCCUACAAUUUGUUUUGUAGAAAGGCAUUCUUGACAGAUGGGGUAUGCCCUGAUGACAUGACAGAGACCGCUAAGGACAUUGUGAGGAAGUGUGUUGGUUUGCCCCUUGCUAUAGUUGCUGCAGGGAGCAUGAUGUCAAGGAAGAAAAAAACAGACACCGAAUGGACUUGUGUCUUGGAGAGUAUUCAGAAGGACUUAAGCAACGGUGAAAUGGGAGUCCACCGAGCACUCUUUUUAAGCUACAAAGAUCUUCCACACCCUUUGAAGCCAUGUUUUCUGCUGCUUUCUGUCAUUCCAUACGACUCAGAGAUCUCACGAAAGAAACUAGUUCGACUAUGGAUUGCUGAAGGGUUUGUGAAAAAGAAAAAUGAUGAGACACUUGAAACAACUGCAGAGAAGUACCUCAUGGAGCUCAUUAACAGAAGCAUGAUAGAAGCGUCGGUCGUUAGCAGCAGCGGGAGAGUAAAAGCAUGCAGAAUUCAUGAUCUUCUUCACGAUCUUGCCGUCUCGCUGUCUGAAAAUGGAAACUUUUCUGUCAUUUGUCAUGAUAAAGGUGCAAGCACUAGUGCUCGGCGCAUCUCAUUACAGACAUCUCAUGUGCAAUUCCACAAAGAACACAUGAAAAAAAUGCGAUCUGUUUUCAUGUUCAGUGGUAGUGCACCUGUUGUAUUGAAAAGCAACAUUGUUGCAAAGAGAUUUAAACUGGUAAGAAUUUUGGAUUUAGAAAAUGCCAAUGUGCUAAAACUUCCAAAAGAGAUAGGAGGACUACUACACUUGAGGUAUCUUGGGCUAAGAGGAACAAAAUUGAAGAAGCUCCCAAGAACACUGCAGAAACUCUAUCACUUGCAAACUCUUGAUAUCAGGAAGACUUGGAUAAGUAUAAUUGCAUUUCAAAUCAAGUGUUUGAGGAAUUUAAGAAACCUAGAGAUGAAGCAAGAUGGCAAAAGCAUCAAGGUCCUGACAGGACUUUCCCAGCUUGGUGAACUCCAAGUAUUAACUGGUUUGCAAGCAAGUGCAACUGUUGUUCAUGAGAUUGCAAGCCUUACUAAGCUUCAAAAGCUUGCUGUAGAGGACUUAAACAAUGAAGAUGCAGAAAAACUGUGUUCUUCAGUGAACAAUAUGAAAGAACUAUCAUACCUAUCCAUCUUCUCAGGUGAUGGCAUCAGACCUCUUGACAUUGCAACAUUGAAGCCUUCAUCAUGUCUACAGAAGCUGCACAUAGCUGGACCACUACAGAAAUUGCCAGAUUGGUUCACUCAGUUAGAUAAGCUUACAAAGCUACGCUUGAGCUUCUCAAAACUGGAAGAAGAUCCACUUUCAGUUCUCGCUCAAUUGCCAAAUCUGCUAUUCCUCCAGCUGAACAAAGCAUACCAGGGAAAAGCGAUGAGAUGCUGCUGUCCAGGCUUUCCAAACCUGAAAAUAUUUAUCAUAACUGAACUUGAGGAGCUGGAGGAAUGGGAUGUCGAUGAAGGAGCCAUGCCCUGUGUCCUGGAAGUGUGGAUCAUGUCAUGUGAAAAUCUAGCGACAGUUCCUACUGGGUUGCAGUCUCUUGCUACAUUGCAGAGACUGAGAUUGGUGGGCAUGCCAAGCUCGUUUACUGAUAGAUUGGGAGAACUUAGUGAAGAUUUUGUUAGGGUGCACAGACCGAAGUAUGAAGGUUGUAUCACAAGCUCGCGGCGUUGUUCAACUGUCCUUAGGCGCAUUUGUGCAUGCACACAAAAAAAUUGCAAGAAACACCAGUGGCGGCUCACCGUCAAUCCAAGGAGGGGCCUCCUCGCCUCAAAAGUGCGGGCCGUCCGGAGGGACGAGCGGCUCGCAUGGACGGCCUCCGCGCUGGCGCCCGGACUCCAGUCCAGCUGCACGAACAGGCAGGAUGCUGAACCCAAUUGCGCGGGGCGCUCCCUGCUGCAGUGCUGCGAGCGCGGGCAGCCUAGCAUCGCAGUGGAGAAUGCGGAGGUGGACGCAGACACGGAUGCCAGAGGCGGUUGGUGCUGCAAAGGAGAGGCAAACGCGCUGCCCAGGAACAAGCUGGCGCUCUACGAACAAUCGGCAUCCCCUCCCACCGCCACAACACCUCUGUACCAACCACGCCCUCCACUCUGGCGUCCCCAUGGCAUGCGCAUCCAAUCCACAUCUGCGAGUCAGUGUGGCACCACCUGCACCUUUGCCUCUAGGUUGGCGGCAACGAUAGACAUCUCUUCUCAUCAUUUUGUGUGCCUUCAACUGAACCUGUUCGUUCACCAUAUGAGUGCCAACUCCAAUGGGCGUGCUGCCAAUGGUACAAGAGCUGAAUCUGGGAGGCAGUCCUCACAUCUUAAGAGCAACGAUACCAAUGCUUCAGGACCAACAACAAAGUGUAGUUCAAAACAUACAAAUAACACCAAUAAGAAUUCUUCAGGAAAGAAUUUGACUAAUGAUGAUGAUUUUACAGUUCCUUUAUAUUACAGUCAAGAAAAGCUCACCCUAUUCCCUACCAAAAGUCUAUGUAAGAGUGUGCCUGCAAAAUAUUCUAGCACUGACAAGAGACUGUAUCAGUUAGUGUUUGGCUGA